AUGGCUUUGAAUAUCGAUUUCAACGCGCUGAAGGCCCGGACCAUGGGGUCCGGUGCCGACGAGGAAGCAGUCACAGUCGAUACUCGAGGCCUGAUCUCCAAAGUUUUAGCUCGGUACUCGGGGAAGUGGACUGUUCUUCGAGAGAUGAUUCAAAAUGCCGCCGAUGCCUCCGCAACUAAAGUGACGAUCAAGUUCGAGACGCUCCCCUCUACAACAAUCCCGUCACCGUCAUCAACCGACCCAACGGAGCAAAUAAAGCACACUAUCGCCAACCAUACCCUCCGGCGUCUAUUAAUCUCAAACAAUGGUCUACCUUUCAGCGAAAAGGACUGGGCCCGGUUGAAACGUAUCGCAGAUGGAAAUCCCGACGAAACAAAGAUUGGAGCAUUUGGUGUGGGCUUCUACAGUGUCUUCGACGACUGUGAGGAGCCAUUUGUGUCCUCUGGUAGUCAGGCUAUGGCCUUCUACUGGAAAGGCAACGGGCUGUUUACACGACGGUUGGACUUGGGGGAAGCCUCGAGUCAGGAUACCACUUUUGUGCUAGACUAUCGUAAUGAUUCCUCUCCUGUUCCACAUUUGCUGCAGCUAUGCCAAUUUUUGGCAAGCAGUUUGACCUUCGUCGCUUUACAAGAGAUUGAAUUAUUAUUGGACGAUUGGAGCCUCUUACGAUUAUCGAAAAAGACCGCCCCAGGUGUCAAUGUCCCCAUUCCCAGAGACAUCGAAACGAAGACUGCAGAAGGUCUCAUGAAAAUUACUGGCAUAACCCAAGAAAUUGCCCAGGUUGAUGCGGCUUGGAUGCGAGUUGUGGAGUGGAAUCCACAUGCCAGCUUGAUCAGUCUUGACAAUCUUCGAGAUACCACCAGUUCUUUACGAAGCUUUUUCUCAAAGUUCACAAGUCAGAGCGGAUCUGACAAACCCUCGCACUCUCAAAAGACACAGCAACCUGAGCAAUCGGGCAACAUGACCUCUUUAGUGAAAGCAACGGUGUUCUUGCAUAUCAAUACUGCAUCGAUACAGCCUUCGGUCAGCUCGAGUCUGAGCAAAGAACUGGAACGGGCCACUCGGAAACCACCACCUAAAAAGGCUACAAUCGCAAUUCUGACCCCGUCGUAUGACGCCAACGUUGCGACAGGGGCAUCAGCAUCGCAGUCGGAAAUCCUUGCUUCCAUUCUGCCUUCGAAGGGAGGACGAGUCUUCAUUGGGUUCCCUACUGCGCAGACUACUGGUCUGAACGCCCAUGUAUCGGCGCCAUCCGUCAUUCCUACAGUUGAGCGUGAAAGUAUUGACCUCAACACUCGGUACAUUAGUAAAUGGAAUAUUGAAAUGCUGCGAGCUGUUGGAAUUGUCUGCCGAAUCGCGUGGUCUGCAGAGAUGAGUACCAUCAAAUCCAAAUUGGCCGCCAAGGUUGGACCCGCGCGUUCUUCAAAGAUUCGCAAAGAAGAUAUAGUCGACGUUCUUCCCGAAGCAAUCCAUACCGCAAAUCAGUUCGUUUUUCGCGAAUCGACACCGUCAUCAGUUCUCGGCCAGACUAUCGAAGAUGCAUUCUGGAUGUGCAAUAAGAGUGCCUCCAUCGAGAUCCUUUCGACAUGUGGCGUAAUUCCUAGCCAUCAGACACGCAUAGCCCCCAAAGAUCUCAGCUUCAUGGAUUCGAUCCCCGCCUUACCUGAUGACUUUGUCCUCCAAGCCAAAGAUUUUGUUCGUAGGCUGACAGAAUUUGGAUUGGUCACGGAAAUCACGGUUUCUGACAUCAAACGGGAGCUGGAGGCUAGUACACUAAGGUCUAAUCAGAUUGUUGAAUUCCUGACGUGGCUGGGUCGCAAGUCCGUCGCCGGGCAGCUUGAUAGGCUUUCGGUUCAGAGUCUUCUCCGGGUUGCAGUGGCGAACGAUGAAGAAGAUAAGGAUGGGAGCCCUACUCGACUAAUCGUCUUUGCCGACAUUACCAGCUUCUUGAAUCCCCAACGGAUUACUACCGAUCUGCCUAUACCAUCAGCAGUGAUGCCUUUCCGUUUCACUAAAUGUCUGGGUAAACAGGAACUUGAAGCGUUGGGGUGGGCCGAAUUGCAACUUGUACCUUGGCUCCGCUGGCUAGUGAUCAAUGCGGGAGAUCGCAGCCUAUUGUCCGCAGAGCAAGACAUCACACAAAGUGCCUCGUUUGCUGGACAGGUCCUUCCUCUCUUGUCCAAGCAGUGGGAAACCCUAGGCCAGUCAUCCAAGCAGACCGUGAUUAAUACACUUCAACCUCAAACUGUGAUUCCGACUAGACUUGGAAUGAAGCAACCCGAGCAAACUUACUUUGCCUCCGUGCGCCUGUUUGAUGAUCUCCCGGUUGUACAUGGCUUAAAUGGCGUCAAGGAAAAGUUACUAGUAUCGCUUGGAGUUCGGAAGACCGUUGAGCUGGGAGUUAUCUUUGAUCGUCUCAUCAAUGAUCCCCCACCCUCCGGCGAUGUUAAAGGUUCCGCAAUGCGGAAAUGGAGUCAUGUGGAUUUGAUUCGAUACCUCACGUCUGUUCGGGAAGACAUCCCUUCAAACGACAUCCAGAGACUCAAAGAUACAAGCAUUUGCACUGCGGAGAUCAGGGACGAUGCACACGCUGCGUCCGGUACUCGCUACAAAAUAUCCGAGCUAUAUGAACCCAAAGACUCCCUCCGGGCUCUGGGGCUCCCCAUUAUUGAGUGGCCAGGGAUUUACAAUAAUGCCAGCAACGAAGGGAAAUUUCUCUCAAUGAUGGGCUUGAAGCGACACCCAACGGGAGCUGAGCUCGUGCGCCUAAUGAUCAGUAGUGAUGCAGAGAAGAACAGUACCCGCAAGACCAAGGCCUUGUCGUACUUCCUCAACGAGUACCAUACCAACGGUUAUGACGCUUUCGAUAUCAAUGCAGUCACGGUCCCCUUUCUGCCUAUUGAAGGUUCAGAGAUUCUCGCUGCGCCAAAGAAGUGUUUUACAGACGAGGGUGCCGCUUUGUUUGGCUUUCAUAUCCUUCGACAACAGCUUCAUCCCCAUGCUUCUAAGCUGGGCGUCAAGCCCCAUCCUCCUAUGACAGAAUGUCUUCAGACCCUGAUUCGUCAACCUCCGGCGACUUCAAAAGAGGCCAGAGUGGUUUUCAAAUACCUGGCUAGUAGAGCAUCUGAUAUAAGCCCCCAGGAUGUCGAGCGAGUUGGUUCAUCUCUAAUAAUCCCCAUUGCGGUGAAGGGUCAAUCGGAGAAGGGCUCUCGAACCCGCUUUGUCGCCCCUAAGCUCUGCUAUCUUGGUGAUGGAGAAGACUACAAGGAUAUCUUUGACUUCGUGGAUUUUGGACGGGAGGCCAAUUUCUUCCUCUUGGCCGUUGGCUCCAGGCGAGAGCCGACGAAGAUCGAGAUUGCACGAAUGCUUGUGAAAGAACCUGCUCGGAUUUCAUCCUCAUUUCAAAGCUCCGAGAAAUACCUCAUGCUCCUGAGAACUCUUGCAGAGAACCUUUCCCUUCUCAAGAAAGACAAAGACUUGUUUAAUGACAUGAGAAGAGCAAAAUUCUUGCUAGCUAGCCGUGAUAUCCCUCCUCAAUCUGCCGACAAAAAUGGUAAGGGAACUUCGACUGAAAAGGAGACCCCUGAUCCGGAAGAAGAUCUAGAUAUCCGAGAAUGGGAUCUUUCAGCUGCGAGAGACAUUGUUGUUGUGGACGAUUUCCAGAGCUUCAAUCUUUUCAAAGAGCAUAUACUUGCUGCACCCCAAGAAGAAACGUUAGAAAACUUUUAUGUGGCUCUCGGCGCCCUUCCCCUUAGCAAGCUUGUCGAAGAGCAAGCCCGAUUCGGAGGUAUUGCGGUCGACCAAACCCCAGCCGUGCAAUUACACAAGAUGAUCCUUGAGCGGGUACGGCUUUUCUUGCAUGACCAACCGGCAGAUGCCAUUCAACAUGGAGCGCGAUGGUUAGAGCAUGAUUUCAGCGUUCAGGUAGUCACCUCCAUUACCCUUACCCGAUCCCUGAAAGGCAGACGAGUGUCUCAUACUCAGAAACGGAAAGCCAUCAUGGCCCGCCUGUCUAACAACUGGGGCUUGUGCAUCUGUCCAGGCAAAUUGGAUCUGUAUGAGAUCAGUCAGUCUCUUGUUCACUUGAUUCUCAAACGACCGAAGCUUCAUUCUACCCUAACUCUGGAGAUGCUGUUGAAGACGGACCUACUAGAGCUUCGUGCUCGGGGCUAUAAUGUUGAGCGUAUUCUUAGACAGAAAGCCCACGAGGCUCGAAUGGCAAGUGACAAACGACAGAAGCAGUUAGAGGAAGAGAGACAGGCCUUGCAAGAGAGAGAAGCUGCGUGGGCGGCUGAGCAAGCCCAACGGGCAAAGGAGGAAAGGCCGGAGCCUCAGUCACAAGUCACUAUGCCGGGUGUUUUCCCUGAGUCACCGAAUAGCAAACCGUCUGCCGAAGAAAGGCAGAUUGCGCCUUCUGAGCCCACGAUGCCAGAACGGGCUCCUCGUGGGCUGUUUGCUAAUCUCACCAAACGGUUUGGUCUGGACGGGCGUCCAGGAUCAACGUCCCAUCCCGAGCAGUCCCAAACAUUACUCCCUGAAUCAACCACUAAUACUCCUCCGCCUCCACCAUAUUCAUCCACGGAUCCUCAGAAGCCGCGCCCAGAACAGCCCGUUUCCGUUGAUUCUCCGCAUCGGAUGCAGCAAGAGCUUCUCUCCGCCGUGCAGGCUUGUCGCCCGCAUGGAUCGUCGAAUGUCUUUAGCCGACCAGAGACUAACCAAAUCUCGGCAAGUCAAUCCUACUGUGAUGAGCGACCAGGUCAUGAUCUAGAGUUUGUGGCAACACUGCCCAGUGGUAUCAAUGUCUUAUUUACCAAGACAAUCACCGAGCGGUCUGCAUUCCUAGCGAAAAAUCGUACAAGCAUCAACAUGUUUGCAUCGAUCAUUCUUGACUCCGGUUCAAUCUUUUCAAUGCGUGCGGAUAGCUUGAGCAUCUUCUACGACCCAGGUGGCAAGACUAUCGCAUUCAAUCGGGCAGGCAGCAUCUUCUGUAACUACUUCUAUUUUCAGAAGCUGCAGGAGCAAACGCUGCUUCAGAGUCCCUCGUCCGAUCGUACCGAUGCCAUUGUGUAUUGGUGGGUGGUUCUAUGUCACGAACUGGCACAUAACCUUGUGGCAGACCACAGCUCUGCGCACAGCUACUAUACCGAAGGAUUUGUGGCCCAGUAUUUCCCCAAGGUGGCCGCGAAGCUCGCCACACUCCAGCCUGCGCCAGGGCCCUAA